GAGCCUUGGGGGAAAUCGGUGUUUUCUUCUCCCCCAUCAUCACGGAAACGGGAGAGGAAGCUUCUGCCCAGCCCCGGUGCCUUGUUACUGUGUAUAUCCUGUGUGUGCCAGCGUCUGUCUGUUGCCUCCUUCCUUGAGCCAUUUAUCAGCUCCUUGGUCCCUUGUGUUCCUGAGGACUGAAACUUACUGUUCUCCUUCAUGUGUAUGUCGGGAAAGAAAAUGCAGACCAUCUAGAGGAAUGCUAGGUUAGAUGAAAUUUCCAAGAUUAGCAAUUUGUCCCACCCCACCCUGGGGCCUCUGGAGCACCUGCGUUUGCUCCAGACCUGCUCUUGUCCGUGCAGAGGGCCUGUCGUCCACCUGCGGAGUGACAGACAGGAGGGCGAAAAUGAAAGCAGGCUGUAGCAUCGUGGAAAAGCCAGAAGGAGGUGGAGGGUAUCAGUUUCCCGAUUGGGCCUACAAAACCGAGUCGUCGCCAGGCUCCCGGCAGAUCCAGCUGUGGCACUUCAUCCUGGAACUGCUGCAGAAGGAAGAGUUCCGCCAUGUCAUCGCCUGGCAGCAGGGAGAGUAUGGGGAGUUCGUCAUCAAGGACCCAGAUGAAGUGGCUCGCCUCUGGGGCCGCAGGAAGUGCAAGCCACAGAUGAACUAUGACAAGCUGAGCCGGGCCCUCAGAUACUAUUACAACAAGAGGAUCCUUCAUAAAACAAAAGGGAAAAGGUUUACUUACAAAUUUAACUUCAACAAGCUGGUGAUGCCCAACUACCCUUUCAUCAACAUUCGCUCAAGUGGUGUGGUUCCUCAGAGUGCCCCACCAGUGCCAACAGCCUCUUCCCGGUUCCAUUUCCCACCUCUAGACACGCAUUCUCCUACUGGGGAUGUGCAGCCAGGGCGCUUCUCUGCUAGCUCCUUGAGUGCUUCUGGAGCUGAGUCCGGUGGUCCCACAGAUAGAAAGGUGGAGCCUUCAGACCUAGAAGAUGGCUCGGCCUCUGACUGGCACCGGAGCAUGGAUUUCAUGCCCUCUCGAAAUGCUCUUGGUGGAGGAGGGAUUGGCCACCAGAAACGCAAGCCUGACAUAAUGCUUCCUCUCUUCACUCGGCCAGCAAUGUACCCUGACCCCCACAGUCCCUUCGCUCUCUCUCCAGUCCCUGGUCGUGGAGGUGUCCUCAAUGUCCCCAUUUCACCAGCCCUGUCCCUAACUCCCACCAUGUUCUCCUAUAGUCCUUCCCCAGGCCUGAGCCCCUUCACCACCAGCAGCUGCUUCUCCUUCAACCCAGAGGAAAUGAAACACUACCUUCAUUCUCAAGCCUGUUCUGUGUUCAACUACCAUCUGAGUCCUCGGACUUUUCCCCGCUACCCAGGGCUCAUGGUCCCACCGCUGCAGUGCCAAAUGCAUCCUGAGGAGUCUUCCCAGUUCUCUAUCAAACUGCAGCCCCCACCAGCUGGACGGAAGAACCGAGAGAGGGUGGAAAACAGUGAGGAGUCCACACGUGGCUCUGAACCAAGCAGUGCACCUAUUCCCUCUCGAAUUAAGGUGGAGCCCACCUCUGAGAAGGAUCCCGAGAGCCUCAGGCAACUGACCCACAAAAAGGAGGAGCACUCCCAAGAAGUGGGCACUAUGCGGACCAGGACCAUAGAAGAGGGGAAAGGCACAGUGUUUGCCCACCCCUCACCCACCUGGCCCUCUGUAUCCAUUAGCACCCCCAGUGAUGAGCCCCUAGAGGGGACUGAAGACAGUGAGGACAGGUCUGGCAAGGAGUCCAUUGUACCUGAGAAGAAAGAAGAUGCCCUGAUGCCCCCCAAGCUUCGAUUGAAGAGGCGGUGGAAUGAUGGCCCUGAAGCCCGGGAGUUAAGUAAGACCGGCAAGUUCCUCUGGAAUGGGGCAGGACCCCAGGGCCUGGCUACAGCGGCCGCCGCUGCUGCUGAUGCUUAAAACCACAGUGGCAGGGAAGCUGUUCAUACUACAGUCAGAUACACGUAUUUAUGUAGCAAGAUGCUGGGGUGGGAGGCGGGGCUAAGCUGGUUUGGUAAUUCUGGGGCAUGGACUUGAACUUUUUUGUUGGAUGGGACAAGUGUCUUGUGUUGUAAAUUAAGUGGGGUAUGAACACACUUUUUUUCUUGGUGAGUAGGAUGUAGGGAGGGUAUUGAACUGUGGGGGAAGGAGCCUGUUUAAGACUCAUGCUGCCUGACAAGCUCCAUAAGAGCCCACUUUGUAGUCCCGUUACAGUUCAGGACCCAUAGUGUUUCCUGUUGCAUUUAUACAUACAGAAAGCCAGUAGUGGGGUGUUUUGCUUUGAGAGAGAGAGAUAAGGGGAGAAGGCUAGAAGGUUGGGUGGGAAGUAACAAUACUAAGCAUGUUAGCCUGGGACACUUACUUCAGGAGAGAACAAAGACAGUGGCAGGCCUAUUGGAGUGGGGACAAUUAGGUGAUGUUCUCUACUCUCCCUUCCCCCUUGUGGAGCACACGUACUCUCUCCCACACUCACUCACUCACACACACACACACCCCACAUGCAUUUUCCCCCUUUUUAGAAAACGUUUUCAAGACACUUGAGUGUACUGCCAGUUACAAUGGGCAGGGCGGGCACAGGACCACCUGGCCCUCAACCUCAGAGUUGAUGUGGGAAGGAAGUCCUGCUGUAAGCCCCUUGACCUGUCGCCUACUUCACCUAUUCAAAAGCCAUGAGGAGUUGUCAACUCUCGAUCAGGGAAGAAAGAAGGGCGGGAGGAAGGAACCCAAUGCCUUUAAAAACAAAACAAAUGACAGAAAUGGUCUUCAUUUUUCUUUUUCCAUUGUGGGUUUGGGAAACCAUGCCAAGUGUGACUGAGCAAGUUUUAUGAGGAGCAGGAUAGCACCGUUGACGAUGUUUUUCUGUUGUGUCUGGUUGUAUUACUGUUUAAGUCAAGCCUUAACUAUGAACAUGCUUUAAGAUGAUACGGGUCUGUCAACAUAAACCUGUAAAGGGCAUGGAUACUGUUCAGAUAACCCAGGAGUGUUGAGGCGUAGUUGAAGUCCUGUGAUAGUUAUUCCCUCUGAUGUUCCAGGCUGGGUGGAAAGGGCAAGAUUGUGAGACUGAAAGGCAGAUAGAUGAUGAUUGAUAAACACGGAGGAGCUGAGAACAAGUGUUGUUGAAACUGAAGAAAGAGCUAGGAAGGUGGUGACCAGAUGUCUGUUAACCCAAAGUCACCAGAUGCCAGGAGACCUGGGGAGGGAAAGAGCUGAUAUCUGCUGCCCUGUGGUGGUGGUGCCAUCUUUGUGAGCCCCUUUGCCCAGCUUGUUCUGAUCAGUUGACGAUCCACAAAAUACAGUUUACAGACGGGAGUCAUUUCUUUGUGGGAAAUUCCCUUACAGCAACUUCAAAGGAAUUGGAAGAUGCUGAUCUUAUGUGAAAUGAACUAUUAGCACUAGGGGCAGAGAGAGCAGCAACAGCCAGCGUCCUCUGUGCACACAUGUGCAUAGAAUGACUACUGGGGUGUCAGUGAUUCCUGACUCCACCACCUUAGCCUAGUUGAAAAUCCUCUAUACCAGGUAACUCUAGUGUUGUCUUUUGAUGGUGGGUGUUCGGUUUUCUUUAACUGAAGUGUAUUCACAAAGGAGCUCAGGAGACAUUAGCUGACUUGGGAUGACUUGAGGCCAUCGUUGCUAUUGCUUGAUGAGUGUCCUGUCACUUGGUCCAGAUUCCAUACAUGAGUGACUGUCUUUCCCCAGGAAAGGGGCCGAGUGGUCUCUGGUGACCCACACUUUGGUCGGGCGGGCCACGAAAGACUCACCACUCCAGCUGCCCCUGGCGGCUGUGUUUGGUCAGUUUCCUUCUCUCACCCUGACUUACCUCUGAACCUGAAGCAAGCCCAGCAGCUAGAGGAGGGCUCUCUGCUUGGUGUUGCCCACGGAGGCCAGCUGGCCACCAGUGUCUAGAGGGGCCGGCCAGUGAGUGUCGGUGUGAACUCAGGAAUAGAAAUAUGGGGCCUUUAAGAUGAGAGGAGGAAAAUCCACGAUGCAUACCUGUAAUCCCUAAAACCCAAGUGCCGGAAUUAACCCCUAGAUGCUGCUUCCAUUUGCAUAGUCGCUGUUUUUACACUUGAAAACACAUUCAGAAUGUCGAACUCCAUGAAAAGUGCUUUUGGACUUGCACAAAACCAUGCUGUUUGUCUCCUUCAAUCGCCAUUCCGCCAGGAAUCUGGGGUGAUUGGCACUGCACGUGGUUGGAGUUUGGGUCUGGGGAAGGGUCUGUCUACAGAGCAGAACUUGGGCUUGCUCAGGAAGUGGACCGGGAAAUGUAGCCAUCAGUGAUACUUCCUGGGGCAAAGGAAUGAGAAUUUUGUUCUCUUCCCAGCCCCCUCCUGGCAGUUCCUGCCUCCGGCCUGGUAUGAGACAAGGUGGUUGCCUUCCUUCUGACAGUGGGGAAGGGGGUGAAAGCUGGACCUGCUUCUCUCCCUCGUCUGUUUUUCCUUCUAGAUUUUGUUGUGCCAAAUGUGUAAAACUUUGUAGGUGUAUCUAUUGAAAUUUCACUAAUCAAGAGCUUGUUCAUUUAAACAGUUUGCUUUUUUAGCUGUAGAAAAAGUAGCAAAUUCUCAGGGGCAUCAGCCUUGCUGAGCUCGCCUUUUUUUUUCCUGAAGUAAAAUAGAGACAGACAGACAGUCCGUCUCCCCUAGGUGUCAGGCUGCACUGCAUUAAACCCAGCUCAGUAAUACAGGGAACCCUAGUGACCCGCAGGCCAAGGAACUUCCAGAAGCAUUAAAAAAAAAAAAAAAAGAAAAAGAAAAAAAAAAAAUUCUAUUCCACUGCCAAGUGGGUGGUCAUUUAGCUGUUCGUCCCUUGUUUUUUAUUUAUUCCACAAUUAUGUUUGUGCUUUUUCUUGUGUAAACGAUAGUGAGGCGUAUGUUUUUAUGUGGCUUUAGAGAAAACUUCAAUCUUCAAAGAACUGUUCCAAUUAGUUUCUUCUUGGAAAAAGUUUUGCGUUAAUUUGUUUCAAAAUACUUAGGCAUUCUUUGAAUUAUAAACUUGUGAUGCAGGGAUUUGUGAAUGAGACGUUCACAUGUGAAGAUAAAUGACUUCACUAGACAUCUGUAUAAGCAGAAUAAGAUGUGUAUAUGUACAUAAAUUAUAAGAAACCUGAACACCAUUGUGCAGUGCCUUUUAGAUGUUCUGCUUUCUAAAGUCUUCAAAUUUUUGCAUAUAUAUUAUAUAUAUGAUGUAAUGUUAUAGAAAUAUAUGUAUAAUAUACAUAUUUUUUCCAGGGGUAUCUGAUAGCUCUGUAUUUUGUUAUGGAAGUCGAAAGAAAAAAAAGUAUU